AUGGUGAUGCAAGAAGAUGCCAUCCUGCACUCAGAAGAUAUCGUGAUACAUCUAGGGCUAAGAGGAAGAAGCCAGGACUUAAUCCAUAAACAAUGUCAGGAUUACUAUGGCAGAGAGCUGCAGAAGUCAGAGGACCUGAAAACCAAUGCUUGUGUCACCUCGGCGAGACCCCUUUCCAAGGCGGUGAGAGAUGCUCUGGAGCGUGUCCACGAGGAGGUGGUGGCCAGGUACUACGGCUGCGGUCUGGUGAUCCCGGAGUGCCUGGUGGGAUGCAAGGUCCUGGACCUGGGCAGCGGCAGCGGCAGAGACUGCUACCUGCUGAGCCAGCUGGUCGGGGAGCAGGGCCAUGUCACUGGGAUAGAUAUGACCCAGAGCCAGGUUGAGCUGGCAAAGAAGCACAUUGCCUACCACAUGAACAAGUUUGGCUACCAGAAGCCGAACGUGGAGUUCCUCCAAGGAUACAUGGAGAAGCUGGGUGAUGCUGGGCUGGCUGAUGAGAGCUAUGAUAUUGUCAUCUCCAACUGCGUGAUCAACCUCGUCCCCAACAAGAGGGCAGUACUGCAGGAGGCCUACCGUGUGCUGAAGCCCGGAGGAGAGAUGUACUUCAGCGAUGUCUACGCCAGCCAGCGCCUGAGCGAGGCUGUCCGGAAGCACAGGGUGCUAUGGGGGGAGUGCCUGGCAGGAGCCCUGUACUGGAGAGACCUGUACAGCAUUGCCAAAGAGGUGGGGUUCAGCCCCCCAUGCCUGGUCACCGCCAGCCCCAUCACCAUCAACAACGAAGAGCUGGAGGGUAUCAUUGGUGACUGUCGCUUUGUCUCCGCAACUUUCCGCCUGUUCAAGGUGCCAAGGAGCGGCCGAGCUGGGCCGGGACAGGUCAUCUACAACGGUGGGAUCACGGGGCAUGAGCGAGAGCUGGUGUUUGAUGCCAACCACACCUUCAAGGAAGGAGAGGUGAUGGAUGUGGAUGCUGAGAUGGCUGCAAUUUUGCGGAGCUCCAGGUUUGCAGAGGAGUUCCUGAUCCGAGCCAGUGGGGCCAAUGCUGCUACACCACAGGGCUGCUGUCACCAGGGGGUGAAGGAGAAGAUCUGUGAUCCCUUCCAGCUGCUGGAGAGGCUGGCAGCCCCAGAGCCCACCUGCUGUCCCGGUGGCACCUGCAGUUCCCCAGGGUGCUGCUGA